ACGCAAAGGGCACAGGGAGUGUUAGUCUAUCGGGCGCGCAGAGGGGCACGGGUCGGGCACUCUUCCUCUCGUUUCUUCAACAGCAGGCACCUGGCCCACUGGAGGGGAAACUUCCCACAGUUCCAGCCCCUUCCCUCCCGGGAAAUCUGCAGUUCCCCACACUUUCCCCUGGACGACCCCAUCCAAACAGCCCCCUCCCCACCAAGGCUCACGGGGGAAGCUGACUGCUGCCCACCCGCCCCUUCCCCAGUGCGGCCGAGCCGGGCGGAGCCGGGGUGGGGUGGUGAGUCAGUCGGUGAAUGGCGCUCCUCCGCAUUCCAGGGCGGGCGGGUCCCACUGCUCCUCCCCGCGUCCGCCCCGCACCACCUAGCCCUCCCGGCCCUCCUGGCCCUCCGGACACACCUUCCCUCACCACCAUGGAGUUCAACCUGGAGGCAGCCCUGGAGCCCACUUCCAAGAAGUCCGCAGAGGCAAGCCAGCGGGGGGCCUCCAAGCACAGCCCCCCCAAAGUUCAGGGCCCAUCAGCGGCAGGAGCAGCUGCUAAUCCCAGGCCCCGGACUGCGGGCUCGGAGCAGCAUGAGCGCACCCCCAAGGCCAAGAAGCCGAAAGUGAAGAAGGAGAAGGGGAAGAAGAAGAAGAAGGAGGCUGCUCACUGACGGGGCCUGGGAGGGGCUCAUUAAACCGUCGCCGCUGCAUUCCGGCUACCCGGCUCCGCGAACGUCCUUGCCCGCCCUUUCCCGUGUCCCCCGCGCCCCCCGACCUUGGCCACCCCCCCCGGCCGGCCCGCGCGCCGGGCCAAGAAGACGCUGCCCGGCCAAUGUCCAUCCCGGUUUAUUGUUUCCGAAACAGCGGCCGCGCCCCGGGGGCGGGCGGCGGCCUGUGCAGUGCGACAUCUCUCAGCAGCUGGAGGCGGGCCCGAGGGAGGGCCGCGGGGCUGGGGCGGGCCCGCGGGAGACCAGGCGGCGGAGCGCGCGGCGGCCCCGGGAUCCGCGGCUGGGAGCUUCCAACGGGGUCGGCGUCACCGCACCAGGUGGAAGGUGAGCCAGUACAUGAGCAGGGGCUGCGCCGCCGCCACGGCCAUCGUCAGGUACAUCCGCAGCUGGUUCCGCGCUCCGCGCACCGGGACCCCUUCGGCCGCCGCCUCCGCCAGGAUCUUCAGCCGCAGCGUCCGGAUCUGGGGUGGAGUUUGGGGGAGACGGGGAGCCAAGGGGUCGGCCUGGGGCGGGGCGCCUGGGCCUGCUUCCAGCCUCUGCCCGUGAGGACCACGCAGCCAGGCCAAGCUCCUGCCCUUCUACAGCUCCAAGUUUCUGUACCAUCCAGUGGUGGCUGCAGACAAGGCCACAGCCCUUCCUCACCUGUCCACGGGGGAAGGCAGGGCACAGAGCUCUGCUCCUUUGGGGCCUCAGUUUCCCCCAAAGCUCUUAACACAUGGUGAGGACUUGCUCCUGGCCAGGACCUAAGAGCAAAACCUCCCAGGAGGGCUCUGAACUCAGAUGCCAAUCAGGGACCUAAAUGUGUGUGAGGUGGCCAGUGCCACGGUGAAUAUCCCGCCUGAAGGGCCGCUGAGACUCAGCCCCAGCUGUGGCCCCAGGUGGGGAUGCUGGUUGCUGUUGGCCAAGGCCAAUUUUUAAAGACAAGCCAGAAAUGCUGUUUUGUAACUUUUAAAUGAUGACAUCUAAGUCCAAGUUUGUUCAAAGGCUUGAU